UAUUAAAAUACAAAAAAAAAAAAAAAAAAAAAAAAAAUCUCGUGCACAAGAAACAUAGGAAUUUCAAGAAUUAUUAAGGACGGAUUUGAGGCCAUUUUCUGUGUAAAUUUCGAAAUAAUAGCAUGAAAUAUGUAUUUGCAAUUCUCAAUUUUUAAUUUCACUUCUUAAACUUUUAUUUAAUCCCCAAUUCUUUACCUUCAAAUCCAUUCGUUUAUAAAUAUAAAAAUUAAAAUUAAAAAAUGUUGUGGCAAUCACGAUCAUCAUGAUUCGUUGAAGGCAAAACAACAUUCAAAAUGCAUCCAACGAUUCUGAGGGAUUGGAUGAUCGAGAGCAAUUUACAAGCGCUACACCCCAGCAUCUCCUCUCUCUGAUUUUGGAGGGAAAUGCUGUUACGCCUCUGUGUGUGUGUGUGUGUAUAUAAGAUUCUCUCUCCUCAUUUCAACAGAUUUUCGCUUUGAAGCUCUCUCUCUCUGCAACUAUAGUUCGACUUCGAAAACAAUCGGGAAAUUAGGGCAAAACCGGUGAUCGUCACUUUCUACAAAUCAAAAACUUCAGUUUUUCUAUUUGGUGGUCCUGUUUGACUUGAUAAAUGGACAAGAAGUAUGAGCUGAUUGAGAAGAUUGGAGAAGGCAGUUUUCAUGUGGUUUACAAGUGCCGUGAUCGCGUGACCAAAAAGACUUUUUCUCUGAAGAGGAUUUCCUUUAGAGGUGAAGAAGAAGGUGUCCCUAGUUCAGUAAUAAAACAAAUCUCGCUUUUGAAAGGACUGGAUCAUGUCAGUAUCAUCAGGGUACUUGAUGUAAUAACCCUUGGGACACACGCGGAUCUCAUUUCUAAGUUUCAGGACCUUGACCUGUCAAAGUUCAUUGCUUCUUAUUCUGAGAUUGCAAAGGAUCAACAAAUAAUAAAGCGGUUUCUCUAUCAGAUUCUCUGUGGUGUUGCUUAUUGUCAUUCUCAUAAAGUAAUCCAUCGGGAUUUGAAACCUAAGAAUUUGCUGAUAGAUAUCGACAAAAUGGUCAUUCAGAUUGAUGACUUUGGAUUUGCCAGGGCAUUUGGUGUUCCUCUUACGAACUACAUUGGCAAGGACGCAACUCUAGGAUACAAGGCACCCGAACUCCUCCUUAGCUCCAAUUACUCCACUCCAGUUGAUGUGUGGGCUGUGGGGUGUAUAUUUGCUGAGAUGGUGACCCAUCGACCUCUGUUCUGUGCAGAAAGUGAGAUUAAUGUAUUGAUGGACAUAUUCAGCUUGUUAGGUGUGCCAACUGAAGCAACCUGGCCUGGAGUGACUUCAUUAUGUCGCCACAUUGCUAACGUACCCCCGUUCCUCCCUCAAUAUACACGAAACCUUAGAGACGAGGUCGCUGGACUUGAACCUGCUGGAUUGGAUCUUCUUUCUAAAAUGCUGUGCUUGGAUCCAAGUAGAAGGAUUACUGCUGCUGAUGCUUGUCAGCAUUCUUACUUCGGAAAGGGCUCUGCUGGUACUUGAUUCCCCAUUCCUUCAUCCAUUUCUGUUGCUGGAUUGAAAACUAUAGCAAUGCCGAUAUAUGGUUUAUAUCAACACAAGACUCUAUGCGGAUUAGUUCAUGCAUGUACCAUCACCAUCUACGAUGUUUGAUGUGAUUCUUCGUUUCCACUCAACUACGAAAAUAAGUACAUCACUUGCAUAGGCACUAUUUGCACUUGUUAGAAACUAUUACGAUAACAAGGUGUUGAAUGUUGCUUAUGGUGCCACUUUUUUAAACUCAGAAACCAAGUGCGAACGCAAAAAGAAAUUAUGGAAAAUUUUCAUUUUUCUU